GAUACGAGAGAGGACAAUACAGAAGUGGCAAGCGCGGUACGAAACCUCGAGCACAGGCUCGGUAACAAAAGUGUUCUUCCCGGACGUCCGAGAGGCGAAAAGGAUACUCGGGGACACAGUCCUCACACCGACCCAUGUGCAAGUCCUCACAGGACACGGAGGAUUCUCAGCGUACCUCCAUCGAUUCCAUCUAAAGGAUAGUCCUUCUUGCGUCUGCGACUCUGCUUGCGAGGAAUCGGUGUGGCACCUGCUCUUCGAGUGCCCAAGGUUUAGCCCGGAAAGAAUGGAGCUGGAAAUAAAGAUCGGUAUCCAGCUAGACCAGUCCACACUCCAUACCAUCAUGGGGAAACUAACAACAAGGAAACCAUUCUUAGCAUUCGCGAGCAGAGUGGCUGUCAUCGCGGCAGAGGCGAACAAGACAGAUGCAUCCUUCCGCGGUCGGAACAGACUACCACCGUCAAACACCCCACUUACCACCACACAACAACCAGCAACCGCAUCAGUAAAUGCAACGCACAACGCAGCAACUGCCACUGUUGUCCCACAAACAACCACAACACAACAGACCGAAACGUCAACCACCUCAACCACUGGUAACCUACAAACCACUGCCACUACACAUACAACAACACAACAAUCUGCAGCAUCAGCGGCAGCAGCAGCAGUGGUGGAGCCUAGCCCGCAGCAAAACCCUAACUCCAUGUCAAUCGCACACCUCUUGGCAUGUGGGGGAGAUGGCGUCCCAGGAAUCAGACUGCGGGGCGUCGCCCUCUUUAUGAACAGAGAGGGAGAAAGGCUGGGCAUAAGCUACUGCAUCGGUACAAGCCGUCCAAGGGCCCGAAUAACAAUAUCACCGGGCCUUGCCGCCCUGAUCAACGGAAGCACCACCAAAUCAACCAUCAAAGGCAGCAAAUAUGCAGCGCUGCCACAAGUGGAAGUGGCUACUCACCGAUGCCGCUUAAUGCGACACAAAGGUAAGACGAUCGCAUUAUUCGAGUGGGGGGUGGAGACUCCAUUUGCACAGGCGAGCUCAUUGCUUCGACAGAUCGGUGAGGCAGGAGGAGACCCAGCAUUCACAGCCCGCACCAUAAGCGUGGACGCGAUGGCAGUUGGGGGGGAGAGGGGCGAGGUCGCGGACAGGUUUGGCUGUUUAAAAGCCUCUGAACACCACGAGGUAGUAGUUUAUGAAGAUAGAGGGGAAACUCUAAGUUUCCUCAAAGCCCCCAGGAGACUAACAGCAUGCGCAGCAAGCCCUUCAACCCCAGCCACUCAAAGCGGAUCCGAGCGGGCCCAACAGAAGGCAGCCGCCGAUAAAGCUGAGCAGAAUAAAACCAGAUGCCCAGAAGAUCGGGUGCAGUCGAGGAGUCGCCUGAAAGUUUUCGGCACCUUCCUUAACACUCUGCUUCCUACCGCAACCCGCAACUCAAACAAGCAAGAAACAGCCGUAGAGAGGUUCUUCUCCAGAAUCGCUAAACCACCCACACAGCCAAAGCCCACACCAACCAGAGCUGAUAAAGGGCAAGUCAGCCCGCCGAUACUCGCCCUAAAUUCGGGAGUCACGGAUCACGUGAAGAGCGCCUUCCUCGAGUAUGUAGCUGUCGUGAGAGCGACCAGAGAAGUCAAUCUUGCGACAUGCAAGAAGAUCAUGCAGACGUUCAGAAGAGAGACAGAAGGACUCUUAAGGGUGCUGCUCGAGGAGGCGGGGGCUGCGGUGUACGACAACUCCAGAUC